AUGCCUCCCCAGACCGGAGCAGCAAGAAACAAGACCGACUCGUUGGUUUGGCGUUACCGCACCGAGAUAGCCGCCAGCUCCUCGAGCGUCUUCUCCACGCUCGCCGCCUUCCCCCUCGACAGCGUCAAGACUCGUAUGCAGACCUACCAGUACCGCGGUUUCCUCGAUUGCGUCAAGCACACAUACCGUACAGAGAAGCUCGGCGGCUUCUUUCGUGGCGUCACUGCGCCCAUGGCCAGCAUCACACUUGUCCGCACCGUCUCAUUCUCCAUCUAUCAGCGAGCAAAACAUGUCUACUCCGGCUGGGUCAAGAGGAACCUUGGAUACGAUAUCCUGCGGCACGUCAACCGCCCCGGGACAUAUCCGAAUCUCUACUCGAUAGCCUGCUUUGGCGCAGCUGGUGCCACGGCGGGAUCCGUCAUCACCUUUCUUGCCUGCCCCUUUGAGCUGACCAAGCUCAGCGCGCAGGUGUCGGUUCUGCUCGCAGAACGGGCGGGCAGCUGCCAGAAGAGCCGCGCCGUGGCGACGAGCUACCAGAAUAAGGGGACUUUGAGAACAAUGGCCAACAUCAUCAAGCAUCGGGGAACCUUUGGACUCUACACGGGCUUCCAAUUGCAUCUCCUGCGCGACACCUUGGGGACGGCCAUCUACUUCAUGGUGUACGAAAGCGGUAAGCAGCUUGGGACAACUUUUGCCGGCGACAGCCCCAACAGUAACAAGCUCGCCGUCGUUGCUGCUGGUGGACUGUGCGGCCUCGUGUCGUGGGCCAUGAUAUAUCCCAUCGAUUCAGCCAAGAGCAUCUACCAGAGGAACUCGCUGCUCCGCUCGAGAGGCGAAAAGGUCGAGCCAGCGCCCAAGAUUGAGUUCUUCAAGGGCCACAUGUAUCGCGGCCUGGGCGUGUCUAUGAGCCGCUCCUGCGUCGUCAACGCCAUCUUCUUCUCCUCCUUCGAAUUCAUCAAGAAGCGCAUCAAGGAAGACGACAAGGCCGACGUGUGA